AUGGAGAAGGGAAUUUAUUCAGAAGGACCUCAAGACGGCGAAUUACUGAAUGAUUUGAGUAAUAGAAGUAUCAGGAGGGUUUCUGGAAACCUUACUCAUCAGGAGGACAACUUGUAUGACGUUCCAGUUGGUAUAAUUGUACUUUUGUCUAUAUGCUAUGGGACAAUUUCUCUCGUAGCCGUUGUGGGUAACGUCUGUGUUCUUUGGAUCGUCGCUACAAGCCGAAGAAUGCAAACAGUCACAAACUUUUUUAUUGCCAAUCUAGCCUGCGCUGACAUUAUCAUUGGGCUUUUCUCUAUUCCUUUCCAGUUCCAAGCUGCCCUACUCCAACGAUGGGUAUUGCCCUACUUUAUGUGCGCCUUUUGCCCAUUCGUCCAGGUUCUGUCGGUCAACGUAAGUAUCUUCACCCUUACUGCUAUUGCCCUCGACCGUUACCGAGCAGUGAUGUUCCCGUUAAGAGCCCGAACCUCCAACCUUCGGGCAAAGCUAGUCGUGACGGGAAUUUGGUGUUUUUCUGCAGGACUCGGUAUCCCCAGUGCCGUAGCUCUCCGUGUGAUUUUCAAAUACGAACCUGCCACUGGAAACAAUACAAAACCUUUCUGUCAAAAUUCUGAAAUCCCACAGUUGGCCUGGAGAACAUACAAUCAUAUUCUGGUAUCUCUUCAAUACUUUGUUCCCUUAUUUGUAAUUAGCUAUGCUUAUAUUCGAAUGGGUAUACGACUGAGACAAAAUCAGACUCCAGGAAACGCCCAGGGACAGCGAGACGAAAAUAUUCUUAGAAAUAAGAAAAAGGUAAUUCCCUUAUUAGUUCUUGUAUUAUUA